AAGUCGGGCGACACCGUCGGUCGAACUAUUCAGCAUAUGAAGAUCUCUGAAGACCAAGUUGUCCCUGCCCUUCAAGAAAAGCGCCUAAAAUACCACCCCCUCAAGAAGGCCGAUACGGUGUACCAUUUCCCUGUCGCAGACUUCGCCGAUGACCACCCAGAGGCUAGAGCUUUGGCCGAGUGUCUCUGGUGCCUCGUGCUGGGGACAUUCCAGUACAAGGAGGAAUGGCUGGCGGGGAGGAGGAGAUUCGGACUGCCUAACGUGGGAGAGACAGUGAAGGGGGGAAACAACACCCACUGCCUAGAUAGGCCAGGGGUGGUGUCGAAAGAGGAUGGAUCUUGGGACGGCCUCGGUAUCCAGGACAGCCGAUGGCGACGCUUUAGAGCCUGCCUGGUACCGCUAGUGAUCCUGGCCGCCCAGGAGAGGACGGAGGGCAACCACGAGGCGUACAACCGGAUCAUGGUGCAGAUCCGCUUGUUGCAGAGGGAGGUGAGGAAGCAUAUCGGCGAAUUCGUGCAAAGAGGAUAGCGACGCUUGGCUCUUUCAAUCUCCUCUGGACAAGAUCAUCGGAGAAUCACUGCUCGACAGAGGCACCAAGUGGCCGUUUAAGUUGUUGGAAG